CUCUCCUUCCUCCUCCUCCUCCUCCUCCUCUUCCCGGCGGGGGUAGGCUGCGGGCCCCACCGGCGGCCGCUCCCCUCCUCCCUCCCCGUCGCCGCGCCUGUGUUGGGGAGGGCGCCGCAGCCGAGCGGGGUCCGCCCCUGGAGCCGACCCGGCCCUCUCCUCCUCCCCCUCCUCUCCCCUCACCGGGCCGGGCCGCGGGCACCGUUGGGGAGGGCGAGGGCCGGGCCGGGCCUGAGCUUGGCCUGGGGUCGGGGAGCAGGUGCCGAGGAGCCUGGGGAGAGCGGUUAGCCUCCGAAUUGCUCCGCGUUAAUUAACCUGUGGCACCUGGCUCGCCCGACCGCCGUUCCGUGGUCUGCCCCUCCGCUCCCCGGUGCCGUCGCCCGUAGCGGAAAGCGGGCCCGGGUGGGUUCCGAGGCUGCAGAGCCUUCUUCCCCCCGCCCCGGCACCGGCACGGGCGCUGCUGGCCGGGCCUGGUUUCGCCCUUCGUGGAGGGGCUUCCUCAGGAGACCUCCUCCCCUCUGGGAACAAGCCCGGCGUUGGGCUGCCAGAGCCGUCCUGCUUUGACCUUGAGCGUGUAAGGGCUGCGGGCCUCUUUUGGGGCAGAUUCCUGGCUGGGCGGCUCGGCUGCUUGUGUUGUUGCGUGUGAUGUUUGGAAGGAUACGUGGGGCAUACGGCUGUCCGUAGUUUGUGCAGUGCGGGGUUAAAUUUCAUCUGUUGAUGCAGGGAUGGCCUUAAAUCUUGUGAUGCCCACUUGAAAAGCAUAAAUAUGUGACAACUUCUGGGGCUAAAUGUUUUUUAGAAAUAACAUUUGCAUACCUGUAAUAAUAACAGCCAGAAAAGGCUACCUAAAUAAUUUAUCUCUUUAAGUAUCCUAAAAUAUGCUGGUGCAGGUUUUGAUGAGCUUGUUCUGGGUGACUCAACCCUUGUAUUUUCAUUGCUGAUUAGCAAGAACCCUUGCACUCCUGGAUCUUCUUUCUGCAUGCACUAACAGAGAAUGUGUUAUGGUUCUCAGGUUAGCUGCGUAACGUGAUACCUGAAUUCCAGCUAUAGGAGCGUGAAAUGGUGGGAAGACUCUAUCUAAAUAGUAAUGGGCUAGGUGCUUGCAGGAAAUAGGGGGGCAAAAUACAAGGUUGAAGAUCAUAGUCUUUCAUUUUGUUGCCAAGCCUUUGCCUGUCUGUGUUAAAUACUUAUGCUGGCCUGGCUGUCAGAUUUGCUUAUUUUUUUGUUUGAAAUAUUGGUAACUUUUCAAAAACAAGCUGAUAUGCAGUAGACCUUUUGCAGGUUUAAUACUAGUGUGAUGUCUAAAUAUUGUGAUUAUCCAAAAUGUACAGUCAUUUUUAAUAUAACAUGGAUGAAUGUCAUGUGGAGGAAUGUCAGUUUGGAAACAGGUGGAACGUCAACAAUAUCAUUCCUGGUUUUGUUUUAAUUGAAAUGAGAAUAGGUGCUUUUGGAAACUAAGCAGCCUGUAAAUGAGAGAUGGAGAAGGAGUAACUGCAUUUCUAACUUACUGAAAGUCUUACUUUCCCAGCUUGGUGGUAGCAGCUGUGAUGGUAGAUGUUUAAACAGCAUCUUGCAAAGACAAGUUAUCCUAUGUCUUCCAUUAGUGGAGUGGCUAUGCAUUCGAGUGUAUGGUUAUGCUCACAAGUUAGGCCAUGUUUAUACUGGUAGUGCUUUUCUUGUGUAAAAAUACUGCCAUGGUACACUGACCACUAGAAAUACUCGUCACACGCACAGCAAGCUACACAGGUAAGAAUGCAGUCUGUCUGGUGUAAAUGGGCUCAGCCUGUGUUCUUCUGCCAUUGUUCUCCAUUUGAAUAAGGGGAGGACUCUUCCAUGUGUUCAUCGCUAGCAUAGUUCUCUUGGACAGCAGUAAUUCUAGUCACCUUUAGUGUCUUCUUGCUUAGCUGGGAAUGACUGCUUGGGCUGGGCUGACUGAAAAUGCUUACUACUAUUCUACUUUUUUUUCUUUUUUACUUUGGUGGAGCUGUGUUAUAUUAAAUGUGAAGCGUGCAGGAGAGAACCAAGAAGAGGUAAUGUCUGUACAUGAAUUGCAAGCUAGUCUCUAGUGGGGACACCGUGGGAGGAUGAACACGGAAGAGCUGGAGCUACUGACUGAUUCCAAGUACAGAAACUAUGUAGCAGCUGUUGACAAAGCACUGAAGAACUUUGAAUAUUCCAGUGAAUGGGCAGAUUUAAUAUCGGCACUUGGAAAGCUAAACAAGGUACUACAGAACAACGCAAAGUACCAGGUAGUACCGAAAAAGCUGACUAUAGGCAAGCGCUUAGCGCAAUGUCUUCAUCCAGCUUUGCCGGGAGGGGUUCAUCGGAAGGCACUUGAAACUUAUGAGAUCAUUUUCAAAAUCAUUGGACCCAAGCGUUUGGCCAAAGAUCUUUUCCUCUACAGUUCUGGACUAUUUCCACUCCUUGCUAAUGCCGCUAUGUCUGUCAAGCCAACAUUAUUGAGUCUGUAUGAGAUUUAUUACCUCCCUUUGGGGAAAACAUUGAAACCAGGACUGCAAGGACUGUUAACUGGGAUUCUGCCUGGGUUAGAGGAGGGGUCAGAGUAUUAUGAAAGAACGAACACGCUGCUGGAGAAGGUUGCCUUGGCUGUGGAUCAGUCGGCGUUCUACAGUGCUCUCUGGGGUAGCCUCCUCACAAGCCCUGCAGUUCGCUUACCUGGGAUCACCUAUGUCCUCUCCCAUUUGAACAGGAAGCUUUCAAUGGAGGAUCAACUCUACAUAAUUGGCAGUGACAUUGAAUUAAUGGUGGAAGCAGUAAGCACAUCAGUGCAAGAUACCAGUGUUUUAGUACAGAGGAGCACGUUGGACCUUAUCCUUUUUUGUUUUCCUUUCCACAUGAGCCAGGCCACACGUCCGGACAUGAUCAGAAUUUUGUCAGCAGCCCUUCAUGUAGUACUGCGCAGGGAUAUGUCACUCAACCGAAGGCUUUAUGCAUGGCUCCUAGGUUUUGAUAACAAUGGUGCCCUUAUAGGACCCAGAAGUACAAGGCACAGCAAUCCUGAGGAGCAUGCCACUUACUAUUUCAACACCUUCUCUAAGGAAAUGUUAGUCCAGGCAAUGGUUGGAAUAUUACAAGUUAAUGGGCAUGGAGAAGAAAGCACAUUAAUGCAAGACUUAAAGCCUUUUCGAAUUCUUAUCAGUUUGCUGGAUAAGCCUGAACUAGGCCCUGCGAUCUUAGAGGAUGUAUUGAUUGAAGUGUUUCGAACAUUAUAUACACAGUGCAAAGCAGAACUGGAGCUUCAGGCAGAACCUUCUUUCAACAAAGACCACACACAGCUAAGCAGCAAACUGAGAGAAAACAAGAAAACAGCAGAAUUGAUUAAAACUGCCAAUCUUCUCUUUAAUUCCUUUGAGCCUUAUUAUAUGUGGGAUUACAUUGCUCGUUGGUUUGAAGAAUGUUGUAGGAGGACAUUACAUGCCAGACUUCAAACUGGGCCUGGAGGUGGUAGUGAGCAAUCUGAGUUACCCCUGACAAAUUUCUGCUUGUUAGUGGAUUUUUUAUUGGAUAUAGUUUCUUUGCCUACUAGAAGUAUGAGAGUGCUGUGUCAGGAGACUUAUAUUGAAAUACAGACAGAGCACUUGCCUCAGCUGUUGCUCAGGAUGAUUUCUGCGUUGACAAGCCAUCUUCAUACAUUGCACUUGUCUGAGCUUACUGAUUCUCUCAGACUCUGCUCGAAGAUCCUUAGUAAGGUUCAACCUCCAUUGCUAUCUGCUGGUACAGAUGGUAUCCUGCAGCUUCCUAGUGGACACAGCAGCUCCAUCAAAGAAUGGGAAAAUAAAAAGGUGCCGUCAGUCUCACUUGAAAAUCCUAAUGAAGUGUUUGAAGAUGGUGAAAAUCCUCCAAGCAGUCGAUCAUCAGAAAGUGGGUUCACUGAGUUUGUACAAUACCAGGCAGAUACAACUGAUGACAUUGAUAGAGCACUGAAUGAAGGUCACAGUGCACCAGGCAUUCCUAUUAUUGGUAGCACAUCCUCAGAGACCGAGACAGCAUCAACUGUAGGAUCUGAGGAAACCAUUGUACAGCCUCCUUCCAUGAUGACACAGGGGACAGCAACUCGAAGUGGGAAAACGAUCCAAAAGACUGCAAUGCAGUGCUGUUUGGAGUAUGUCCAGCAGUUUUUAACCAGAUUUAUCAACCUGUAUAUCAUUCAGAGUAACUCCUUGUCUCAGCCCUUAGGGGCAGAGCUUCCAGUAGACCCCACUAGAGAGCAAGGACAGACCACAAAAUGGGACAGAGAAUCACAAGUUGAUGCUAAGGUGAAGAAAACAAACAAGAAAAAAACACCGAAAGAAUACCUUCCUGCCUUCAUUGCUGCUUGUCAGCUGUAUCUUGAAUGUUCAAGCUUUCCUGUUUACAUUGCUGAAGGAAACCGUACUUCGGAAUUACAUCCUGGGAAGCCUGAAGUUGACUGUGAACAAGUACAGCCUCCACUGUGGCUACAGACUUUAAUGAAUGCUUGCAAACAAGCAAGCGAUUUCAGUGUUCAGGGUGUUACUAUUUCCCUUGUGAUGGACUUGGUUGGAUUGACUCAAUCAGUUGCUCUUGUCACUGGAGAAAAUCUGAACAGUGUGGAAACUGCUCAGCCUCUUAGCCCUAACCAAGGAAGAGUGGCUGUGGUCAUCAGACCUCCUCUUACUCAAGGCAAUCUGAGAUAUAUGGCUGAAAAGACAGAUUUCUUCAAGCAUAUAGCUUUAACACUUUGGGACCAGUUGGGUGAUGGAACUCCUCAGCAUCAUCAGAAGAGUGUGGAGCUCUUCUACCAGCUGCACAACCUCGUUCCAUCUUCUAGCAUUUGUGAAGAUGUUAUUAGUCAGCAGCUGACUCACAGAGACAAGAAAGUAAGAAUGGAAGCUCAUGCAAAGUUUGCAGUGCUAUGGCAUCUCACCCGUGACCUUCAUAUUAACAAGUCAUCUUCCUUUGGCCGUACCUUUGACAGAUCUUUGUUUAUCAUGCUGGACAGUCUUAAUAGCUUGGAUGGUUCUACAUGGUCAGUGGGACAAGCCUGGUUAAAUCAAGUGCUUCAAAGACAUGAUAUUGCAAGAGUUCUUGAACCUUUGCUCCUACUGCUUCUCCAUCCAAAAACUCAGCGAGUUUCUGUUCAGCGAGUACAGGCUGAAUGUUACUGGACUAAAUCUCCUUAUCACCCUGAAGAAGAAAAUGAAAAGCACUUUAUGCAGAAGUUUAGCUGUGCUGAUGCAUUUUCCCAUGUGCCUGUAAGCCAAGGACAACUUAUUAUACCUAAAGAAAGCAAUGAAAAACAACUUGCUAUGGAUGAAAUGGAGAACUUCAGCCUGACUGUCAACCCUCUGAGUGACAGGCUUUCCUUAUUAAGUACCAGCAGUGAGACCAUACCAAUGGUUGUGUCUGAUUUUGACCUUCCCGACCAUCAAGUUGAAAUACUGCAGAGUUCUGACUCUGGCUGUUCUCAGUCGUCUACUGGAGACAACAUCAGUUACGAAGUGGAGACAGAAAGCCUGAGUGCUCAAGAUAGCUCUCAGACUCUGCGAGAAGAUUCACCUGAUGAAAUUGUGCAACAAGUGGUUACAGAUCUUAUAUGCAAAGUUGUAAGCGGUCUCGGAGAAGAAGCUGAACCAGUUAAACAUAAUUUACACUCUGAGGAUACUUCAUGUAAAUUCAGUCCUUUGGAUAGUUCUGUAGCGAUGACAAAAAAUGAAGAUCAAAAUAUUCAAAGUAGCCAGAGUAGUUUGCUUAGUAAUGACAGCUCCCAAUUGCUAUCAGCCUCAACUGAGACUGGACUUGAGAGCUUAAGAGAUGAAAUUUCAAGAAAUAACUCUUCACCUUGUAUUGCAGAAAGCCAGCAAUCCCUCUCUGAUCUCACUCUUGCUUCCACUGAAUCCAAGUCCAGAAAGCGAAGCCACAGCAGUAUUCAGUUCAGCUUUAAAGGAAAGCUACCAGAAAAAAUGUCAGAAAAAGAAACAAUUGUUAAAGAGGCUGGUAAGCAACCAGGUGCAAAACCUAAGGUCAAAAUAGCCAAAAAGAAAGAUGAAGAGAAGAAGAAAGCACAAACAGAAAAGCUUAAACAAACAAACGUCUUCUUUAGUGAUGGCCUUGAUUUAGAAAACUGGUACAGUUGUGGAGAAGGAGAAAUUUCAGAAAUAGAAAGUGAUGUAGGGUCCCCAGGAAUGCGAAAAUCUCCCAACUUUAAUAUCCAUCCAUUGUAUCAACAUGUGCUGCUUUAUCUCCAGCUGUAUGACUCUUCAAGGACAUUGUAUGCUUUUUCUGCAAUUAAAGCAAUUCUGAAAACAAAUCCUUCAGCUUUUGUAAGUGCUAUCUCCACUACCAGUGUCAACAAUGCAUACACUCCUCAGCUUUCAUUGCUCCAGAAUCUUCUAGCCAGGCAUCGAAUAUCUGUUAUGGGCAAGGAUUUCUAUAGCCACAUCCCAGUUGAUUCUAACCAUAACUUUCGGAGCUCUAUGUACAUAGAAAUUCUUAUCUCCUUGUGUUUAUACUAUAUGCGGAGCCACUAUCCAACUCAUGUUAAAGUAACCUCACAAGAUCUAAUAGGAAACCGUAAUAUGCAAAUGAUGAGUAUAGAAAUUCUGACACUUCUCUUUGCUGAGUUGGCAAAAGUGAUAGAAAGUUCUGCAAAGGGCUUUCCUAGUUUUAUUUCAGACAUGUUGUCCAAAUGCAAGGUUCAGAAAGUGAUCCUGCAUUGUCUGCUAUCUUCUAUCUUCAGUGCACAGAAAUGGCACAGUGAAAAGAUGGCUGGAAAAAACAUAGUGGCUGUAGAAGAAGGUUUCUCUGAAGACAGCCUUAUAAAUUUUUCUGAAGAUGAAUUUGACAAUGGUAGUACUCUGCAGUCACAGCUUUUAAAAGUACUUCAACGGCUGAUUGUGCUAGAACACAGAGUAAUGACUGUGCCUGAGGAAAAUGAAACGGGCUUUGACUUUGUUAUAACAGAUUUGGAGCACAUCGGUCCCCAGCAGCCGAUGACUUCUCUUCAGUAUUUACAUUCCCAGCCAAUAACCUGCCAAGGCAUGUUUCUCUGCGCAGUGAUACGAGCUUUACACCAGCACUGUGCCUGUAAAAUGCAUCCCCAGUGGAUUGGCCUUAUCACUUCUACGUUGCCUUACAUGGGAAAAGUUCUUCAAAGGGUGGUUGUUUCAGUGACUCUUCAGCUCUGCAGGAACUUGGAUAAUUUAAUUCAGCAGUAUAAAUAUGAAACAGGAUUAUCUGAUAAUAGGCCUCUCUGGAUGGCGUCAGUCACUCCCCCAGAUAUGGUUCUUACUUUAUUAGAAGGGAUCACAACAAUAAUUCAUUACUGCCUCCUGGAUCCAUCUACGCAGUAUCAUCAGCUUUUGGUUAAUGUAGAUCAGAAGCACUUGGUUGAAGCACGCAAUGGGAUCCUAUCUAUCUUGCAUAUGAUCAUGUCUUCUGUGACUUUGCUAUGGAGCAUCCUUCACCUUGCAGAUUCUUCGGAGAAAACUACUGCUGCUGCUGCUGCAUCCAUUACCACUAUUAAUCUUGGAUCAACAAAGAAUUUGAGGCAGCAGAUUCUCGAACUUUUGGGUCCAAUUUCAAUGAAUCAUGGUGUUCACUUCAUGGCUGCCAUUGCCUUUGUAUGGAAUGAAAGGAGGCAAAAUAAAAAUACUUCUAGGACAAAGGUUAUUCCUACAGCAGGUGAAGAACAACUUCUACUGGUUGAGCUAGUUCGCUCUAUCAGUGUUAUGAGAACUGAGACCGUUAUACAAACAGUGAAAGAAGUUUUGAAGCAGCCUCCAGCCAUAGCAAAGGACAAGAAACAUCUUUCACUGGAAGUCUGCAUGUUGCAGUUUUUCUAUGCUUAUACUCAAAGGAUUCCAGUGACCAGCUUAGUAGAUAGCUGGGCAGCACUACUACUUCUGUUAAAAGAUUCCAUCCAGGUUGGUCUUCCAGCUCCGGGACAAUUCCUCAUACUUGGUGUUCUUAAUGAGUUCAUCAUGAAAAACCCAAGCCUGGAGAAUAAGAAAGAUCAAAGAGAUCUCCAGGAUGUAACACACAAGAUAGUGGAUGCCAUUGGGGCAAUUGCUGGUUCUUCCUUGGAACAGACUACUUGGCUAAGACGAAACUUAGAGGUUAAGCCUUCCCCCAAGAUUAUGGUUGAUGGAAACAACUUAGAAUCAGAUGUUGAAGAUAUGUUGUCUCCAGCAAUGGAAACUUCAAACAUAACUCCAUCUGUUUAUAGUGUCCAUGCUUUGACCUUACUUUCUGAGGUUUUGGCUCAUCUCUUGGAUAUGGUUUUCUACAGUGAUGAAAAAGAGAGGGUUAUUCCUUUGCUUGUAAAUAUUAUGCACUAUGUUGUUCCCUACCUCCGUAAUCACAGUGCUCACAAUGCAUCCAGCUAUCGAGCCUGUGUCCAGUUAUUAAGCAGUCUUAGUGGGUAUCAGUAUACAAGGAGGGCAUGGAAAAAGGAAGCAUUUGACCUCUUUAUGGAUUCCAGUUUCUUCCAGAUGGAUGCUUCCUGUGUUAACCAUUGGAGAGCUAUUAUGGAUAAUUUGAUGACACAUGACAAAACCACAUUCAGAGAUUUGAUGACACGAGUGGCUGUGGCUCAGAGCAGUUCUCUCAAUCUGUUUGCUAAUCGAGACGUAGAGCUGGAACAGCGUGCUAUGCUCCUGAAGAGACUGGCUUUCGCAAUUUUUAGUAGUGAGAUAGACCAAUACCAGAAAUACCUUCCAGACAUACAAGAAAGGCUGGUAGAAAGUCUCCGUUUGCCACAGGUGCCCACCCUUCAUUCCCAAGUGUUCCUGUUUUUCAGAGUAUUGCUUUUAAGAAUGUCUCCGCAACACCUUACCUCGCUUUGGCCAACCAUGAUCACUGAACUGGUACAAGUGUUUUUACUGAUGGAACAGGAGCUCACUGCUGAUGAAGACAUUUCCAGAACUUCUGGCCCAUCUGUUGCUGGUCUGGAGACGACGUACACAGGUGGCAAUGGUUUCUCCACAUCCUACAAUAGCCAGAGAUGGUUGAACCUGUACUUGUCCGCUUGCAAAUUUUUGGACUUGGCCCUAGCUUUACCGUCUGAAAACCUGCCUCAGUUUCAGAUGUAUCGUUGGGCUUUUAUUCCAGAAGCAUCAGAUGAUUCGGGCUUGGAAGUACGAAGACAGGGUACGCAUCAGAGGGAAUUCAAACCGUAUGUGGUGCGUCUAGCAAAACUGCUGCGAAAAAAAGCAAAGGACAAACAGGAGGACUUUAAGACGGUGGUUUUGGAGGGAAUGGAGAUGGCCAAGCAUCAGAAAAACCCGGAGGAGGACAGCUCAGGGAAAACACUAAGUUGGGAACCAGGUCACUUGCUUUUAACCAUCUACACUGUUCGCAGCAUAGAGCAGCUUUUGCCUUUCUUCAACGUACUCAGCCAAGUUUUUAACAGCAAAGUCACAAGCAGAUGCGUUGGACACUCAGGGAGCCCUGUCCUUUACCCCAACUGUUUUCCAAGUAAGGACAUAAAAAUGGAGAACCUCAAGACCUUCUCCAGCAAAGCAAGACAAAAGAUAGAAGAAAUGGUUGAGAAGGAUUUUCUUGAAGGCGUCAUAAAAACGUGAACCAAACUGGUACUACUCAGCUUAUAUGUAGUGUAACUAUUUAAAUGAAAUACUGUAUCUUUCCCAGUUGUAUAGUAUUCUUUUCUUACUUUGUAUGUAAUGAAAUACUUAAUGUUGUAUUUAAGUUAAAUAUUUGUAAAUAAGAGAAAAGUUCUGGAUGUGGCCUGAAUCAAGUUUAAAUAUUGGUGGCUCAUAUUGAUUAUGGUGCCUACUAUUUACAGUACGUGUUUUGUUGUCUUGAGUUCUGUCUUUAAAAAAAUCCUAAAAAAUACAAGGUGCACACUUUUUCAA